ACCCAGCCCCACCGGCGUGAAGAAUGCGGGGACCCCACGGACCCUCACGCGCCCCCCCACUCCCACCACACACUCCUACGGGAUCAGGGAAAUGAAGGGAAGGUCCUUCAAUCGAAGAGGUGGAUCCAGCCCAGCACGCUCCCUCGAACCCCCAGAGCGCCAACACACAGCGUCACCUGUCCUCUCCCCGGGGCCGGGUCCUCUCUUGCAGACCUCUCCAGGAGAAUCCCCCAAGAUGCCCCCAUGUUGCAGUGAUAAGGGUUUUCUUUCCCCUCGUUCUCCACACCAGGCCUGCGUCCGGGGCUUCUUGGUCCGACGCCAUUUCCAGAGUCUUCGAGCUGAAUAUGAGGCUAUUGUACGAGAGAUCGAGGGUGAUCUGGGCACGCUUCAGUGGACUGAGGGCUGGAUUCCCAGGCCCCGAUUUCUCCCAAAGAAGGCAAAAUACCAGCAGACCUGGAAAGCCGGAGAGAGGGUACCAAAUCCAGAGCAGGAACUAUGGAGCCGCUUCCCAUGUAAAGAGCCUGAGAAAGAGGCCAUCUGGGAGGAGAUGAUACUGAAGAAGUCAGGAGAGAGCUCAGCAAACUCAGGCAGUCUUCCCUGCAGAGAUGAUAGCCCAUGGCUUCAGGAUGAGCAGAGCAGGAGGACCAGGAAACCGAGCGAAGAGGAGACCAGAGACAUGUCAAAGAUGGAGAACCCAGAAGCUACAGGUCCAGGACGGCCCCAUAGCCAGACUGUGCUCCAGGAGCUCCAGUACCAACGCAGCCACUUGGCUAUGGAGCUGCUGUGGCUACAACAGGCCAUCGAUAGCCGUAAGGAGUACCUAAUUCUCAAGCAAACACUGAGAUCCCCAGAGGCGAACCAGGCCAGAGACGAGCCCAGCUUGUGUCCAGACCAUGGGGGACAGGGCUGUGAGAAAGCUGGGUCACAACCAGGCCCACCACUGGAAGACCAGUCCUACAGAACUACUAGAGAGCCAGACCACAUGGAUGACUCCUGCUGGAGACUCAGAUCACAACCCCAUAAAACCCCAGAAAUACUGGCCACUACAGACAAAACCACUGCUGGGGCUAAGUACAGGGACCUAUGCUACAGACAGGCAGGACCACAGCUGCCCACACCAUGGGAUAAUCAGGCCAUAGGGAAAAGGCUCACCAAAGAGCCAGAGUGUGGAGAACAGACCUUCGGAGGGACCUGCCUGCAGCUGACAAAACUUCUAGAGGACGAGACCCACAAAGGCCUCAAAUCUAGGGGCUACUGUUCUGGAAAGGCCAGGACACAGCUGCCCACACUCCGUGAGGACCCAGACAUUGAAGACAACUCUCCCAGAGGGCCAGGCCCAAAAGAGCCUGAUUGCCAAAGAGCUGGGCCACGAGAGUUGGGCCUCUCAGAGGACCAUGUCAUCUGUGAUGGGACUUUGGCAGAGCAUGGUGGCCUGGAUCUCUGGAAGACUAAACCACCCAAGGGCCAGACUCCCAGUGAUAAAAGCUCCACAGAUAGAACCUCUAGUGAAUCUAGCCAUGAAGGAUGGAAAAACCAGAGGACUGUACCAUGGAGAUCAAGGCCACCUGAGAAACUGUCUUCCACAGGGUCAGACCACACAGGAGAGGAUCACUGGAGGGGGCGACUGUGGAAAACAGGACCACCAGGCUAGACCCUGGGGAACUGGGGAAGACCAGGUUCCAAAGGGGGAUUCUAUGAAAGGGCAGUGAGGGAGACAGGACCUCAUUGUAGCUCCUUGCCCGUGGGUACUGGUGGCUAAUGAGGCCAAGAGAAGCUGGAGCACAGAGCUGGCAUCAGUAGAGGUAGGAGGAGACUUUCAUCCUCUGCCUGUGGCUCAACCCAAAUUUUGGGAUAGGGAGCCACCUGGGCUGAGUAAAGUUGGGGGGCUGAUGGAGAAUAAAGGUUUUCCUUAGAUUCUGA